GGUAAAAUAAAGUUCCAAAUUUAUUGUGAAAAGCAUGUUUUCAGCAGAGCUUAAGUGCUAUUUUCAUUGCCACAGUGAUAAAGAACAUAAUCAAUCUUAAAUUGACCUCAGAGAUGUCAGCCCCAAGAGACUGGAGUUUAGACUGCAAGGUGUACGUGGGUGAGAUCGGGUAUGGUGCAGCCAAACAAGAACUUGAAGACAUCUUCUCAGAAUAUGGUCCAUUAAAAAAUGUUUGGGUGGCCAGAAAUCCACCAGGAUUCGCCUUUGUCGAGUUUGAAGACCAUCGUGAUGCUAGGGAUGCUUGUAGUGCUUUGGACGGAACGAGAAUUAAUGGAAGGAGGGCACGUGUGGAAAUGUCUAGUGGCAAGUCCCGUUGGGGAAGUCGUGGACCUCCUCGUAGAGGUGGUGGGGGAUUCCGAGGUGGAAGAGACAACUAUAGGCCACGUAGAUCUAGGUCAAGGUCGCCAUAUAGAGGAGGAAGAAGAUCACCUUCACCUUCAGUUAGAAGACGGUCACCACGUUACUCACGAAGCAGAUCCCCAAGGGACAGAUCUCCCCGAGGCCGCUCGCCACGUGGCCGUGUUUCACGUGACAGAUCCCCACCUCCCAGAAGAAAUUCAGAUGAUAGAGCCAGGUCACCAUAUGAAGAUGAUGGAAAAUAAACUGUUAAAAGUCACUACAUUGUUUGUUGGAAAACUAGAAGAGACUUCUACGGAAAUGCAUGAUUCUAGUGCUUCAAGAAAUAUGUGGACAUUUGAUGGACCCACAAUGUUUAAAGAUGUAUAAUUGUUUUAAUCCUCCAAGAAGAUAUAUGUGGUUUAGCAAGAUAUCAACAUCUCAUAACAUUAGACACAGAAAUUUUUCAUAAAGCCUUUGCAGAGCAAAGUCAGUCUACAUCAUCCUGCUGUUAGUUCACAGUUCUUUUAUCAAGCUGUAAUUACACCUCUGAAAUUUUUUCGUAUAAUGUUGCUUAUAUUAAACCAUUUGGCUUUUUCAUGGUAUGGUAUAAGCAUUUUAAAGGCACUUAGUUUUUCUUCUUUCAUCUAUACAUGGGACAGAUGAAAUUACAGUUUUAAUUUAUCACAAUGUACAUGUAUUGUUUAUAUGUAUGUGUUAAUUUAAUGUCAUAGUGGAUGCUUUUAAGUUGUUUUAGUCUGUGUUGUGUUAUUUUCAUAACAUUUAUCGAGUGUUUGGGGUUAUGAUGAUGAUUUACUUAAUUUAAUUUUUUUUUUCUCAUAAAAAUCAAGGUCAGGAUUUUAGAUAUGAAUUUUGUUGUUACAUGCAAAGUAACUUUACACAUUGAGUGAAUACAUAUACAAUGUAUGCAGAAUAUCAAGAAACCUUUUAUAAGAAAAGACUGAUUUUAUUAUUUUACUGUGUUAUAUGCCAUUUCAUCUGCAGUGUGUAUUUAUGAUACAUCUAUCUAAAACAUAUCGAUAGCAGUUGUGCAAAACUUAAGGGUCUUUCUAGUCUUUUUAUCUUCGUCAGACCUUUAUGGUAUUGUAAUCAUAUUGUGGGUUGCCUGUUAGAUACAUGUAGUAGAAAAGGUGAAUACAAGGUAUUUACUCUUUAUCUUUUGUACACGGAUAGAGCAAUCUUGAAAUUUAAGGCACUGUAUAUAUGUAUGUAUUUGCAGAGACAAUUCUAUGUUACGAUUCAGAAGUUUUAAUUUAUGGUUUUCAUGAAAAAAAAUUAUAUGAUUUGCUUUAAAAAAUGCAUUUAUAAGAAAAUGGAAGAGUGCAAGUUUUUAUUAUUCUUAGAUGUUUUAAUCUUUUAAUUGCAUAAUCAGGUAAUUGCUUAUUGUCCAGGGUAUAACAAUUACAUCAGACCUGCUAACAAUGCACCAUAGAAAAAUACAAUUUUUUAUUUAAAAUUCAAUAAAUAUUUCAUGAUACUUGUACAUGAAUAGCUAAUCAAAGAAUAUGUAUUUAACAACUUACGCUUUAGUCUGCAUAUGGAAGUAGGCUGCCCUCAGUUGCAUUAGUAAGACUUAAAGUGAGAAGCAAUUCUGUUUCUAGUUAUGUCACCACAGUUAAUAGAUUCUUUGCCAAAUGAUACAUUCCUUUUGUUGCUAUAUUACAUUUUUUAUCUCACCUGAGCCAAAGGCUCAUGGUGAGCUUUUGUGACUGCCCAAUGUCUGUCGUGCGGUGUGCGUCCGUCAACAAUUUCUAAAAAAAUCUUCUUGAAAAUCACUGGGCAAAAUUACACCAAACUUCACAGGAAUGAUCCUUGGGUGGCCCCCUUCCAAAAUAUUCAAAGAAUUGAAUUCCAUGCAGAAUUCUGGUUGCCAUGACAACCGAAAGGAAAAACUUUAAAAAUCUUUUUGUUCAAAACCGCAAGGCGUAGAGCUUUGAUAUUUGGCUUGUGACAUCAUCUAAUGGUCCUCUAUGAAAUUUGUUCAAAUUGUGCCCCUGGGGUGAAAAGAGUCCCUGCCCUGGGAGUCGCAAGUUUUACAUAGAUAUAUAUAUAGGAAAAAAAACUUCUUGUCUAAAACCACAAAAUCUUCUUGUCUAAAAUCACAAGACCUAGGCCUUUGAUAUUUGGUAUGUAGCAUUGCAUUGUGGUCCUUUACCAGAAUUGUUCAAAUUAUAACCCUGGGGUAAAAAGAGGCCCUGCCCUGGAGGGUCUCAAGUUUUACAUAGACUUACAUAGGGAAAACUUUAAAAAUCUUCUUGCCUGAAACUGGAAGGCCUUGGCUUUUGAUAUUUGGUAUGUUGCAUUGCCUUGUGGUCCUCUACCAGAAUUGUUCAAAUUAUGCCCCUGGGAUGAAUAGAGGCCCUGCCCUCGGGGUCCCAAAUUUAACAUAGAAUUAUAUAGAGGAAAAAUACAAAUCUUCUUGUCUUUAAGUUCAAGGCCUAGACCUUUGAUAUUUUGUAUGUAGCAUUGCCUAGUGGAUCUCUAACAAGAUUGUUCAAAUUAUGCCCCUUGGGUAGAAAGAGGCCUUCCCCAGGGGUCACUUGUUAUAUGAGUUACAUAGGAAUACAUGUGCAUAUACUUCAAAAAUUAUCAGAUCAUAUUUCCUAGACUUAAUUAUAAUUACCUGAUGACCCCAAUCGAUUAAGGGUCACUUGACUGUGACCUUUACCUACUGACCUACUUUCUUGUUUUUUAAGAUGACAGCCUUGAAAUUUGGAUGGCAUGUACAGUUUUACACACCGAUCAUAAAACUGACUUUCAGUGACCAUGAAUGUGACCUACUGACCUACUUUCUAAUAGUUUAGCAUCAGUGUGCCAUUUUAAACAUGUGGCUUGUAUUACUCAGGUGAGUGAUUCAGGGUCAUCAUGACCCUCUUGUAUAUCAUUUGUCAUCAACUUACAUUUCUCUUGUCACAUCAGUAUGAAAAUUAGUAAAGUGCAUAGUGAUUAAGGAGAAGUUUACUACAUUUUUAUUGCUUUGGUGAUGAUCUGUCAUUAAAAUUCAGUGUACUAGUGUAUUUACCUGAUAUGCCUCAUUCAUUUAUCAGCAGGAAAUUUAUCGGAUUCAUCUUCACCACAAAAACCAUUCAUACCUUAGUUUUACUUUUAUUGGAAAGUCUUGUUAAAUUUCUUAAUUUGGAAAGACAGUCUUUAGUAUACUUCGCUUUUGCUCAACAUUAUCCAAUUUAGAAUCUUGGAAUGGUGGUUUUAGCUUCAAAAAUAGAUUUUGCAAGUGUUUUACAAUCGUUUACACAGGAAUUUUAAUAAAAUUGCUGUACAUUUGUAUUUUGAAUUUUUCACAUCAGACAAAUUGAAAUGUGUAAAGCAGUUGAGUGUUCCUGUGCAAAAACCAAUGUUAGGGCUUUGUAUCUAGUAUGGAUCCAGAUUCAUUGUUUGGUCUGAUCUGGAUCCAUACUGUUAACUUAUCAGUUGUUGAAAUUGAUAAAUGAACUUCAUAGAUGUGCAUUUCUCUGGAUCCUUGCCUGUUUGCAAAGCACUAAUUUUUUGCUGAGCGGCAUUCAGUUACGAAAUUCAAAUGUUAUGUUUUAUUUUACUUGUUUAUAGAAGACAUCUGUCUUGUCAUAGAGUUAGGCAUAUAAAGUUUAGUGAGCUAUUAUAUGCUACUUAACUUUAUCAUUUGCUUAGGAUCUCUCCAAUUUUAAAACAUUGUUGCUCUAAACUUUAAUAAAUGAGCUGCACAAUGAGAAAACCAACAUAGUGCAUUUGCGACCAGCAUGGAUCCAAACCAGCCUGAGCAUCCACACAGUCUGGUCAGGAUCCAUGCUGUUCGCUUUCAAAGCCUAUUGCAAUUAGAGAAACCAUAUAGUGAACAGCAUGGAUCCUGAGCAGACUGUGUGGAUGCCCAGGUUAGUCUGGAUCCAUGCUGGUCGCAAAUGCACUAUGUUGGUUUUCUCAUGGAGCGGCUCAAAGUGUUCCUUUCCUAGCAUUAAAAUGUUAAUCGAUAUUAUUACAAAUGCAAAAUUGUGUUCAGAUAUAAUACUAGAUAUAUGUAUGUUUGUCUUUUUAAUAUGCAAUAUAUGCUUUGAAAAUUAAAAAUGUUAACUCGUAUGUCAGUGUCUGAUGUUUAUGUACUAGUAUGAAUAUGUGUUGCUAGUGUUUUAAUUAUGUGGUAUUGAAAUAUGUCACAGAGAUAAAAGUCUUAACCAUGUUACAAAUUUCAUGAUAGUUCUUUUUUAAAGAAAAAAUGGCAAUACGUUUUACUUUAUUUUAGAAGACAACUCUUUUAAAAUCUUAAUAUUAUCUUGUUUAUAUUAUUUUGAGUUUUCAUGUAAUGAAAAAUUUUAUAAACUAUAGUAAAUGUUUCCAAAAUGUGGUUUACAAUCACAUCUGAUUGACAGGAAGGUUAUUAUAAGCAAAGUUCCACUUUAAAGGCACUGACCUUCAGAGGGUACAACAACAAAAGUUUCUAGGUAUUGGGAAAUUAAUGCUUUAUUUCUUAAGAUAGCUUAGAAACUUAAUUACUUACAGAUUAUAUGUAAUGGAAACACAUGAGAAUUAGUUGUUUUUACUAUAUUAAACAUUCAAAAUUGAAAAACGGGUUACUCGAGGUAAACUGCCUUGAUUAUAAAUAUUUAUAUUUUUAUAUUUAACGACUGUUAAAUACAUACUGCUCCUUGAUGUAUUGGUCCAGAACCUGGGAAAGUUUUGAUUGCCGCGAUGGACCUGGUUCGAUUUCCAACUCGGGCAUCUGUUUUUUUUCUUGAUUUGCUAUUUUUAAGGUAGUUCAAUAGCAAAAACUCAUAUUCUGACCAAACUUCAAUUUUAAAGACAGUUCAUUUUGAGGUCAGUGCCUUUAAAGUUUAAAUUUUCAGCAUUUGACAUCCAUUACUUUGUGUGCCAUGCAGAGUUGUUGUUAUCGGAAACAUGAAAGUGAGUGUAAGGGAUAAGGGAUGAAAACAUUGUGAAAGAGAUUGGAUGAAAUAAGUAAGCCACAAGCCAGACUGAAAGUUAAAUUGACCAAGAGAUUGACCAAAAGGAAAGUGGAAAACGAUGUCAAAUUAUAGGGGUCCAAAUUGCCCAAAUUUUAUUUUAGAAAACAAAAACAACAAAAACAUUUAUUACAAAACAUACAUGUAUGUAAACAAGAAAUAACAUGCUUGUGUGUAUAAGCAGUAUUGGGUGUUGGAUUAAAAAUAGUACACAAUAGUGUUUACAUAGCCAGAGUAUGACAAUGAAUUUGUACAACCACAAAAAAAAAACUGGCAGUUUUUUAAACAAAUUACUUCUGUUGCUAAAUGUAAAACUGUGAAAGCAGUUCUACAUAGUCUGUUCUUAUAUUUAGUCUAGUUGAAUACACUUGAUAAGGAUUUUCUACAGUUAUUCACUAUCUGAUGAUAAAAUAUUUUAUUGAAGGUUGAGCCUGAUAUAUAUCUUGAGUUCACAGCCUUAGAGUAAUGAAAACGAAGAAAAAAAACCUUCCAUUCCACAAAACAAAUAAUGUGUGUGUAGGCCAAGGUAGGCACUAAAUAGGAUAGUGGAAAAGGUACACUUAAAAAUUAAAUGCAUGUUGUUUCUUGUUCUUAUCUCGCGUUUUAAAACAAAAUAUUGCAAUUGUAAAUAUUACUUUUACAAAGUUGUGAUUAUAGUAUAACAAUGCUGUACCUUUUAUUAGUGAUGUAAAACUUGAUUUUGUCAUAAAAUUUUAAAAGAAA